AUACAAAUGGCGACUUCUCUCUCGGAAUAAGUGAUGUUCAUCGACUGCGCUCCUACUGUCGGUCCAGUUUUUCGUUGAAAAAUUGUGCAAUAUUACAUCGGCGACCAAAGGAACAAGUGAAUCCGCGUAGGUGCAUCCCGUCGCAAGCUCGGAACGGUGAAGGUGUCGUGUUUACAGCGGUGGAAAGUGCAUUUUUCGUUUGGUGAAAAGUGAGGAAUUUUCCGAUCAGAGCCGAAAGUGCUACCCUCGAAUGAGAGUGUGUGCGUAAGCAGCAGCAUCAGCAAAUUUGAAGAGUUCCAUUUGGAUGGUGUGAAUCAGCUAUACGAUCAGCGUGUGCUAGAAAAGGAAGGAGGAAUAGUGUUGGGUGUUUUUGUGUUUACUGCUAAGUGUGCGGGGGUGGUGGAUAGUGGCACGCGGUGGUACGACGAAGCAGAAGCAGUAAACUGGAAGAGACAGGAGAGUGAGAACUUGGUCCUCAGUUGUGAGUGACUGCGAUAAUCAUCAUCAUCAUCACCUCGGCUCUCAACUGGGUGUUGUUGCAGAUACGGAAAACCUCUUCGUUGGAUCCAGUUGACGCUUACAUGGAAAACCGCACCAAAGCUUAGGCGUCUUCAAAUUGAUAGAGAGUGCAGGAGAUAAUACACUCGCGAAAAAAAAACACACGUUGCAUCGUCAACCGCCACUACUCUACUCGCGAUUGCAGUGGAACAGAACGAUUCACAUGUGUCGCCGACGUUGUCGUCAGUGGCCCUGAAAAUCAAAACGGGGGCGCAAAAAAGGCUUGAAAGAUCCCCACGCAUUCUUACCAUAUCGCAAACGGUUUAUUCUUUCGUUCAAGAAGGACCCUUCAAAGGUUUUUAUCGUAGUCGAUAUUGUCGCGUCGCUUUCGCCAUCAACAAAGGGGAAGAAUAAGAUUCGAAGUAGGAGAUUUCUACGAAGGCACGUUCCGGUUGAACAACGAUACAAAGGGAACCGCACUACCUUCGUCACCAAGGGUGGAUGGAACAACUGCCGAAGGAAGAGUGAUUGGGGAAACGAGUGAUAGGUUAAUUAUAGUGGCAUUUAUUUAUCCGGAAACGACUUUUAUCUAGUAACCAAAUUGUCAAUUGAGACAAAGUGCUUGUUGGGAGAAAAGAAGAACGGGUAUUAGAAUGUGCUUGAAAAGCAUAUUUUUUUGAAUGGUCUCAUCAUUACCGGUGUAAAUCGGUAUAUUUGUAUUGAGAUAAAGUGUUGUAUUUUUUUUUGGUUCCACCUGUUUUUGUAACAUGCAAUAUAAGAAACAUAAAAGAUCAGUAAAUAGACUAUGACCGCUAACAGCGAAAUGUUUUGAGUGAUGAAAAGUGAAAAUAUAUUAUUUUUCUCAUGUGCAAUACAGUUUAGCCAUUAGAAUUUUAGUGUAUUAGCAAGUCACGAGUGCGGUGCACGCAUUUACAGGAAACACAACAUUCCAACAAUAUCCAUCAUCAAUGCAUAGUGAGGAUGAUCUAAUAGCUCGUACUCAUAAGCAACAAACGACACAGCAAAUCACGACUGUAACGAAGGUCGUGCGAGAGGUGAAACAGUUGGGACCGGAUGGGCAGCCAUUUGAUUAUGUAGCAAUGCCUCUAGACAUGGGACCCGAUGGACAACCGAUCGACUACGUGUCGAUGCCUAUGGGAAUCUACACGACUCGAUCACAGUAUAUGAACUACAACCAUUUGGACCAGCAGGAACAGAUGGCGGCGGCGGCAGCCGCUUCGCAAUCUCACAUGGGGCCUGGCGGGAAAAAUAUGGUUGGACCCGGUGACAAGGGACAGUAUCAGACGCACUACCAAGACUACGAACACUAUUCACAGUAUACGGAUUCCGGCUAUGACCCGGCCGGUGUGCAUCAUCCGCCUCAUCCGCAGUCCUACCGAGAGUAUCAGAUCAAUGAUCGCUCGACACCUCACAACUCGAGUGAAAAUAGCGAAUCCUCAAUACCACUUCCCAUGAACGUGCCUCAUGGAAAUCCAUCGGCCAACCUCCUACCACCGGGAUAUAUGCAGGGACAAUAUGACGAAAUGGGUGAAUACGUAAUAGCGCCAUCGCCGGGAGGUCCAGUUGACCGCCUCUACCCUGACAACCCUUCCGCAAUGGUUUAUGGAUAUGUGUCUACACCUCCCUACGGAACAAUCAGUUCGCAUGGUCACAUGGACCCAUCCGGUGCCAGCGAGCCUACGUACGCUACAAAACAACUCGCAUACGAAGCAGCCAGUGCCGGUCAAAGGGGUGUUCCUCCCGAAGGUGCUUGCUAUUACGAUGGCGAGGACGAUCUUCCCCAGCAUAUGCAAAACCUGCAAAUACAUAACCAUGUCUUUCUGCAGCAUCACAUUAUCACAUCCCCAGGAGGUAAUAAUCGAUCUGGUGGAGGCGGACCCGAAGGUCCCGAUCUCGAAGACCAACGCCAAAUGAAAUGGCGAGAUCCAAACCUAACCGAAGUGAUCGGUUUCCUCAGUCAUCCCAACAACGCCAUCAAAGCCAAUGCUGCCGCUUAUCUUCAACAUCUGUGCUACAUGGAUGAUCCAAACAAACAGCGAACACGAACACUUGGCGGUAUUCCACCGCUAGUUAAACUUCUAGGUCACGAAAACACCGACGUGUAUCGAAAUGCUUGCGGUGCGCUGCGAAACUUAUCCUAUGGUCGUCAAAACGACGAAAAUAAACGUGCAAUCAACAGUGCCGGGGGUAUCCAGGCGCUUAUUCAUCUGCUCAGGCGGACAUCCGAAUCCGACAUCAAGGAGUUGGUAACCGGAAUCAUAUGGAACAUGUCAUCGUGUGAAGAUUUGAAAAGGUUUAUCAUCGACGAUGCGAUUCUAGUGAUUGUGUCAUACAUUAUCAUUCCACAUUCCGGCUGGGAUCCAACGAAUCCGGGCGAAACCUGCUGGAGUACGGUGUUCCGUAAUGCGUCCGGUAUUUUGCGAAACGUCAGUUCAGCUGGGGAAUAUGCCAGGAAAAAGCUGCGUGAGUGUGAAGGUCUAGUGGACUCGUUGUUGUACGUGGUCCGGAUAGCGAUCGAGAAGUCGAACAUUGGUAACAAAAUAGUGGAAAACUGCGUCUGUAUACUGCGGAAUCUGUCCUACCGGUGCCAGGAGGUGGAAGACCCCAACUAUGACAAAAAUCCCAUUCCGCACUACAGCAGCGCGGACGGGUCGCAUGGCAGUGCGAUUGUGAGUGCGGCAUCUUCAAAAGGUGAAAAUUUGGGCUGCUUCGGGGCGAGCAAAAAGAAGAAAGAACAGCAGGCAGCGGCUGCGGCGGCCCAGCAGGCUGCCGACACGAAGGAUCACUCCAACGCGAACGGCGAUCCAGCCAGGAUGGCCUAUAAGAACACGGCGCAUUACAAGGGUGCGGAGCAGCUGUGGCAGCCCGAUGUUGUACAUUCCUAUCUUGCCUUACUACAAAGCUGCUCGAACCCGGAAACGCUGGAAGCGGCGGCCGGGGCGCUGCAGAAUCUGGCAGCUUGCUACUGGCAACCUAGUAUAGAGAUCCGUGCCACCGUACGGAAAGAAAAAGGACUUCCGAUCCUGGUAGAGUUGCUACGGAUGGAGGUGGACCGCGUGGUGUGUGCUGUGGCGACUGCUUUGCGGAAUCUAGCUAUUGACCAAAGAAAUAAAGAAUUGAUAGGCAAGUACGCGAUGCGAGAUUUGGUUCAAAAGUUACCCUCGGGCAAUCCCCAGUGCGACCAGGGCACUUCAGACGACACAAUCGCAGCCGUGCUAGCCACCUUGAAUGAAGUGAUUAAAAAGAAUGCAGAAUUUGCGCGAUCUCUAUUGGAAGCGGGAGGUGUCGAGCGGUUAAUGAACAUGACAAGGCAACGACUAAAGUACACGCCAAGAGUUUUGAAGUUUGCCGGCCAACUGUUGUUUACAAUGUGGCAACACCAGGAACUGAGAGAUGUGUACAAGAAACACGGUUGGAAGGAGCAGGACUUUGUGACGAAAACGAUCGCCUCGCGGAAUGUGAACAGCAGCAACGGUGGCAGCUACAGCGACAACUCACCCAAUUCGCCCAACAACACACUAAACCGUCCUAUGGCAUCCCAGGGUGGAACCAGAUAUGAAGAUCGAACCAUGAAGCGACAGCAGACGUCCAACAACGGUGGACAAGCGAUGUCCCUGCCUCCAAGCGACGGAGCCGUCAAGAUGGGCAGAUGAAUCUACACAAUCCAAUCUAGCAGGAGUAGACAAAAAGGAUAGUAACUUAACAACAACCAACACUACACCACAACCACAACCACCACACACAAUUUUCGAGUCAGGAUAGGACACGGUGUGAGCAGCUAUUAUACGGUAGCAGAAAUCUAUUUAUCUAGGAGAGCACUCUCAAACUGAAACACAGAAACAGGUAUACAUUCCCAUCAGCAGCUGAUGGAAUUCGGUUAGUCUUUGAGGCGGACAGCAGACCUACUUUCCAUUUUUGCGUAUUCACACAUACGACUUUACUCGGAACUGUUCAUUCCCAUUGGCUACAAAAGGGACAUAAAACUGACUCAAGGAGUAAUCUAGACUACAGUAUGGUACGUCACGUAAACAGUUAGAAUACCAGAAGACACGACAGCUAAUUAGUAGCAAGCAAAGGGUAUUCCAAUAUAAAUCGUAGAGUAUAGUUUACACCCAAGCAGAAAGUUAUUGGAAAUUUACCGCCCACAAAUAUUUGCUAGAGCUUAAUUGAAACAAUUUUCAACUUUUUUUUUCAAAUUUAUUGUGUUGCAAAAUUUUGAGAAAUGAUCACCAAACCAACCUUUGCUUUAGUUGCUUCAAAGAUCUCUACUUCACAAUACAUUAUAAUAAUUUUGGAGUUGUCUCGUUAGAUAUGAGGUAGUUCGUUUGGCCUUUGGCGGAAUAGUAGUUUGAGAAAAACAAGAAUUGGAUCGUUGUGUAUGGCAAAAAAACUAGAAAAAAAAACCACCUUUGAAAUGUGAAGAAAAUUGUGUUUUUUGCUUGUAUAAAGCGAAAUGUCUUCACCGAAUGAGAAAAUUAAAUUACAUCUAAUUGAAGAACGAAAUUUUGAAGAUGGCCGUACAGUUAAUGUCGAUAUGCGCCUCGAAUGCUGCGCAUUUUUAGCAAAAUGUAUUAAACACUGAUGUAUUUAUUUAUUGAGACUAAGGCUGGAGUAGCAUUUGCUGCACAUAAAAAUCGUCUCCAAUUAGUUCGAUCUAUGGCUAAUGCACGUUGCCAAUCACGCUAUCUACGAAGGAUUAAAAAAAAACGUCUUCCACCUUACUCACGCCGCAUCUUGCCUUCUCGCCGGUUUACUGUUUGUCAUUCUGGCUACGUGCCCGGCCCGACGCAGUCGUCCUAUGUUUGCGGUGUUAACGAUGGAUGGCUUUUUCCAUCUGUAUCCUACCAUAGAUGGUACGCAGCACCUUCCUUUCAAAAACUACAUGUGCGCGUUGUUCCCUCACGAUCAUGGUCCAGGGCUCGUGUUCGUAGAGAACUAACGGUCUAAUGAGGGUUUUGUUGUUCCCUGCUGGUAUCGUUAUUGAAGGUCACCAGUGAGCCCAAGUACACGAAUUCUCCAGCCACCUCGAUUUUGUUACCACCGAUACAAACUCGUGGUGGGUGGCUCACAUUGUCUUCUCUUGAACCUUUUUCUAUGCCUCAUGUACUUCGUCUUUGACGAUGACUAGCCUGAAGCGCUUAUCUUCGCUCUUCAUUCUGAUGUAAACUUCCUCAUGAACGGACUCCGUAGAAAACGUACCACUCGUGUCAAUGCGUGGCCUUCGUAUUACCCCUUCCGAAGUAAUGUUGAAUAGCAGGCACGAAAGACCAUCACCUUACUGUAACCCUCUGUGCAUUUUCAAGGGAUUGGUGAAUGUUCCUGAAAUUCGAAUUACGCACAACACCCAAUGAUUGGCCAACCGUAUAAGUUUAUCUGUGUUCGUGCAUUAACUGCUAUAGCAGAUCAAGUGUUUAAAUAGUUCUCCUGAUUGCUGGCCAACCCCAGGAGCUUUGGCACAGUUGCACCGUCGCUUCACGGUCUUGAUCUUCCUGCUGGCGCUUUUUUCUCCGAGCAUCUAGAUAUGAAGGUUGAGAACUAUUUGUUAAUAAUUGUUAGCUUCUGAGUUAUGGCGAAGUGGCACCUUCGAAAGUUCAGAAUAAGUGCACAAUUUUGUAGAAUGUUCUACUAUCGAACGUGUCUCUGCUAUCGGAUAAUAAAGUAUUUCAGUUUUUGAGACCUUCCUUAGUUGUCCGUGAUCAGUGAUCAGAACAUUACAACCAGUGAGUGUAAAAUUAAACCGCAGAAUUAAACCAAUUCCAAUGACAACAGCAUUGUCCUCUCUUGUAAAUGUCGGGAUAAGCAGAACUCACAAAGGCGAUUGUCCUAAAUUGCAACAAAUUAGGACAACUAUCUUUUGCCGCGCGUGAACAAAAGUAGGAUUGGAUGGAUUUUAAAGUUAUUUUCGAUAACAAAUCAAUGGGUUGCCAACAUUUAGACGAGAACACAGUCAUUUGUUGGCAUGAUUUUAGUUUUAGCCAGGUUUUAGCCUAAUCACAGUUAGUGAAGUUCGCAACAAUCAUCUCACCAUAUUUGUUGCAGAUAAAAUCGAGCGACAUUGUCUUUAUCCUCAAAACAAAGACAAAGACAUUAUCGCUAGUAUCUUUUGCUGCCUGUUUUUUAGCGUUUCCAGCAACAGUUUUUCACUACUCUAAUUGUAUUUGGGGUGGCUCAUGUCUUACGUUGUACAACUUGAACUUCAUAUAAACUCUUAUCUCGAUUCUUACGCACAUUUACCUACUACACAACAAGUUGGAUGUCGUUCUUAGUUGAUCGUUGUUAUCAUUCCUAGUCUAUUAUCAAUCAGAAUAGAAACAUGUUUAUCGGUCACUCUUGUGCACGCAUGCCCUGUUACCAAAUCGCACCCAUCCCACAUUACAUUCCCUUCCACAGUCUGACGUAAUAAUAAUCAACUUAAUCGUUGUACCAUCUGUGUUGAACGAAACAUUAACCGUAUCAUACGAUCACCAUUCAUAUGUGUACUGUCUAUAAAACAUUGAGGAAAGGAUUGUUCAGGAGAAGAUACCUACCCUGUAAUACUCAUACAACAUUGAAGCGGAAUCAAAUGAACCUAGCUCAAAGAGUAGAAUCUGACGUCACCUAGUCAGUCAAUAUGUUUGUCAUUCGUUAUUAUAUGUAACGUAAAAACCGCUGGUAAAGUAAUGUACAUUCAAAGUUUAAGGGGAAAAGUUGCGAAGAAAAUAGGUUGAUUACGUUGUAAAUCGACAUUUUUUUGUUACGACGAGGAAGAACGAGUGUGUAUGCGCGGUAUUUUAAAUUUGGUCAUAUUAAGUCAAACUUUAUAUGACAAAUGAGAGCUCACGGAGAAUAACGACAACAAAAGCAGGAACAAAACAGCAACAAUUUUUUAUCCCUCGCUAUGUAUUUAAAAUUGAAUAGAGAUUAGACUUAAUCACUCAAACAGUCACUUCGGUGGCAUAAUCCAACUGCAUACCAUACAUACAAGCGAAGAUUCCCCAUAGAUCAGCCAGCUAUAAGGAAUUACAAUGAAAAUGUACGGCGAUAAAACACUGCUCAAAGGGCUUAAUGUGCAUGUAACAAAACAUAGUAAAGAAAAAUCACGCAAAAGAGCUAAACGAUGAUGUAGCCAGGAAACCAAGAAGUAAGAAAAAUCAACAGUAGAUUAGAACAAAUUGAACUAAUUGAUAAGUGGAUGGAGAGGAGGUUCAGUA